AUGGCGCACGCUCAAAUCUCAGUCGAACCGUUUGGCGGAAGCGAUAACGAAGAUUUCGCCCAAUUCGAACAACUUUUCCAAGGAUACGUUGGAGUUGCGGGAAUCGCAAAUGCUCAGCAAGCGAAUUUUCUACAAUUGCACCUGCGAGAUAGCGCUCUGCGAUUCUACCAGACACUGCCAGCACUAACAAGAGCCGACGUACCUCUUAGUCUAGCGGCACUACGCGACCAUUUUUGCAACCCUCAAUUGCAAGAGGUCCACGUUCUAAAACUCGAACAAUCGAAGUUCGAUAUCAAGCGAGACUCACCAGAAAACUACCUGGUCAACCUCACAAAAAAGGCACAGCGAGCCUACCCUACACCGGAUCUACCUGCGGUUGCCCCAAUCGACGGAGCACUAGCAGACGCUGCAGCCGCUGCAGACACAGCGCGCUUCCAUAGAGAGACGGCACAACGUCAAGAACGACUUGACGCUGAAAAUGAUCAUAGGAACAACCAAAUUAAACGUCUUUUUAUAAAAGGCAUGCCCAAUUGGCUCCGUUCGAAGAUGAUGGAACAACCAGCUGCCACAACAGUACAAGAGCUUUGUAACCUGGCGCGCAAACAAAUGACAAUUAGAGACGUCUGUCGUAAUGAGGAUUACCCAGAAGAUAGUUUCAAUGAAAUUGGAGAUACAGUUUCUCACAACCUAAUCAGUGCGUUGUCGAAACUAACAACAGCCCAGGAACAGAUUGAGAAACAACUCAACGAAGUCCGUAGUGAGCUAUCGGAUCAGAGAAAAAUGAUCCAGUCACGACCACAACGUGACAACGGAAACACACAGCAGAGCUCUCAACUGAAUAGCCAAAACGCUGGUGGGAAUAAUAAUCAAGCCCAACAACAAAAUCAAGGAAACAAUGCACAAAAUCAAGGAACUGGAAAUGGCCCUGAUCAGGGCAAUACUUCUGGCCCUAAUCAAGGGAAUGGUUAUCAAGGGAAUGGGCAACAAGGAUACAAUCAAAGAAAGGGGAGAUUUGGUAAAGGAAAAAAGAACGGACAGCAGAGAAAUGAUGGGGGAUACGGAAACCAAGGUUUCUCCGGGUUUCAAAAUAUGCAGUACCCCCCACAAAUGUUCCAGUUCCCCCAACAGAUGCCUGGAAUGCAAUCGAACCCCUAUUUCCAACAAAACCAGAACUACCCUCAAACACAACAGAACGCUCAAUUUUAUUCGAACCAGAUGUACCCUCAGGGCCAACAAACCCAACAGCAACAAGCGAUAGCUACGCCACCACAACAGAAUCCUCAGUUUGCCCAGCAAGUUGCACAACCAAUGAUGCAGCAGGUGCACACCCAAAACCCAAAUACAGCAGCAGUUCGCACUGGAUCAAAAUUCUGUGAUCACUGCGGGAAGUUUGGCCAUACCAUAAGCCAAUGUUGGCACAAACCCAAGCCACAGGGACAGCAGCAACAGAAUUUCCCGUUCCAAAUGGAACCAAAAAACUAA